ACUAUGCAACGGCAUACAUCAAUACGUGGUGUUUGUAUUGUAUUGCUGAAUAGGUCAGGUCAAUAAACAGUGAGUUGCAGAUACUCCUUGUCGUCCAUCGAACAGACAGGUAUAAACACAAACAACAGGGAGCUCAGAUUCAUACUGCAGGUAACCAGCCUAAAAUCAUUCAUCACUAUUUGUAAUAAAUUCAGCUGUAGCAACAGACUGCCACCAUGUCAGAGGACAAAGGAUUAAAGCAGUUUUUAAUGAUAUUCAAUGGAAUAGUUGUGUUGGCUGGCUUAGCAUUGGUUGGAGUUGGUGUAUGGGUUGUAGUAGACUCAUCAACACUAGUUGGUGUCUUGGAUAAUGCAGCAAUAACAAACUCUGCUUAUGGUUUAAUUGUUGUGGGAGCAUUUAUUGCACUCGUUGGAUUCUGCGGCUGCUGUGGAGCAUGGAAACAAAUCAAAUGUCUUCUAAUAAUUUAUCUCAUUGUUGUUGGCAUUAUGUUCCUCUUUUUAUUGGCUGUCGCUGUGGUGAUCGCAGUAUAUCAAGCUGAACUAGAAACCUUCCUUGAAAUUCAGAUGAACACAACUCUACAGGAAAGUUAUGGAGUCAAAGAUGCAUUCACAGAAACCUGGGAUACCUUACAGUUAACAUUUUCCUGCUGUGGCACUUCAUACUACACUGACUAUGAGACAUCAGAAUGGUAUAAGACGACAACCUCUCCAUCUCAGAAAUGGCCAGGAACUUGCUGCAAAUAUGAAGGAAGUAGUGUCAAAAAUGAAGCCAAAUGUUAUGAUGAAAACUCACAAGACUGGCAUGAUUAUAUGAAUACUAAUGGAUGUUACAACACUGUAAGUACGCUCAUAACUGAUAAUAUCACUAUUGUUGGAGCUGUGCUUAUUGGACUUUGUGUCAUCAUUAUCUGUGGACUGUGUGCAGCCUGCUGUAUGUACCAUUCCAUAGGCAAAAAUGACUAGAUUCAUGAUACAGAAAUGAAUGGAGG